CCGCUUCGCUGCCGCAGCCGCCGCGUCUUGCCCGCAGCCACGCUCUGCGUACACCCGGCAGUAGCAGCAACCCUAGGACCGCGGCGCGACGGUCCCCACCAUGUCUGCGGCCAUGAGGCAGAGGUUCGACCAGUUUCUACAUGAGAAGAACUGCAUGACCGACCUCUUGGCCAAGCUCGAGGCCAAGACCGGCGUGAACAGGAGCUUCAUCGCGCUCGGUACCAUCGGGCUGGUGGCUUUGUACUUGGUGUUCGGUUAUGGAGCUUCUCUUCUCUGCAAUCUGAUAGGAUUUGGCUACCCAGCCUACAUCUCAAUUAAAGCCAUAGAGAGUCCCAACAAAGAAGAUGAUACCCAGUGGCUGACCUACUGGGUAGUAUAUGGUGUGUUCAGCAUUGCCGAAUUCUUCUCUGACCUCUUCCUGUCAUGGUUCCCCUUCUACUACAUGCUGAAGUGUGGCUUCCUGUUGUGGUGCAUGGCCCCAAGCCCUUCUAAUGGGGCCGAACUGCUCUACAAGCGCAUCAUCCGUCCUUUCUUCCUGAAGCACGAGUCCCAGGUAGACAGUGUGGUGAAGGACCUGAAAGACAAAGCCAAAGAGACUGCAGAUGCCAUUACUAAAGAAGCCAAAAAAGCUACCGUGAAUUUACUGGGUGAAGAAAAGAAGAGCACCUAAAUCACUGGCUGAAUGAAACCUUUCUGCUCUCUCUAUACCUUUCUGUUAGAGCUUGAUGUUAUGUUAGGGACUGUGGUAUGAUCAUUUUAAUAAUGUUGCCUUGGAAACAUUUUUGAUAUAUUAAAAAAAGGAAAAUGUGUUUUAAGUUUGCGGUGUUUUUGUUUGUUUUGCUUUUACUGUCUGUAUACUUUGGAAGCAUUUUAAUUUAAAUUUAAUGCAGUGGGCAAUAUCUAAAUUUUUUGAAAAUUUUGUCUUUAGCUAGGAAAGACAUAUGUUACUGUCCUGCAGGAAAGAUAAACUUAAAAUAAAAUUAUAUAUCCCACAGGCUGUGUACUUCACUGGGCUCUCUUGCAUGCAUUUUUUCUAUACUUACAUUUAGGAUACUCUUUAUGGUUCUUCUUUAUGUAAUGUAAAAUUCUGUAUAAUUCUUACAUGUUUUUAAUGUAUUCAUGCAUUAUAUAUAUAUAGGGAAAUGUUAUUGUCUGACUAUAUAACAUGCAUAAUGUUCAUGGGAAAGGGGCCAGGGGAAGGUUGUUCAUGCCAUUUAUAACUUAGGCUAAAAGCUGAAAGUUCCAUUGUGCUGAUGUGAUCUGUUAAAUAAUACUUCAGAAAAUUAAUAAAAAUAUUUCAGAUUAAGAGAGUUAAGUAAAAAAUGAGGUUGAAUAGUGGUUGACCUGGUUGUUUUCCUAACAUUGUAGCAGCUAAGUACCAGGAAAGCUUUGUAAAGCUGUUAGUCAUUCUACUGAUGAAUGGGGAAAUUUACACAUGCAUCAGAAUCUACAGCUCCCAAUUCCUUGUAGAAUUAGUAAUACUGUCUUGUGGCCUUACAAAAAUCUGUUUAUGAACUUUAGCUUUGUCUGUUUUUAAGAUGUUUAAAUGGAAACCAUCCCUGAUAACACCUUCAAAACUGAGAAACAUGUUGGUUUAGUUUCGUUUCUUUCCCAAUCUUACUAUUUUUUAAACCAGUUUAACGAACCUCCAAAGACUUGACCAGCUCUGACUACAAAUAUGUUCUUAUUUAUAUCAUUUGCAACAACAUGCUGAUGAUGACAUCUAGCUCUACAAGCAAUAAUGAGAGAAUAAAGGAAAGCACAGUAUAACCUAUAGCUAAUAGUGGUCAUGUCAAACUGGCUUCACCUUCUUUCUCUGGCCUUUAAAGGUCAAACACCAGAUUUUCCAAAUCAGAAUCAUUUGAAGUCCAUUUUAAAUGCCUUCAUCUUUUUUCUGUUUGGAUAAGUUGCAUAUAACUAUAUUAAUUACAGAACAAAAGUUAAAAUUAAUGCCUCCAACUUGAUAGCCCAAAUAACUUACAAAGGUCUUAACUUGUCUGGACCAGAAAAACGGAGCUUUACAACAUACUGUUAAGAUCCUUUGGAAUUACACUAGACUAAAACAAGAACAUUACAAAACUAAUGAGAUUAAAUAUCCAGCCAGUAAAAUAUUUUUAUAAGACAAAUAAAGAUGAUUAGUUCUUUGGAUAACAAUCAGGUAAGGUUAUAAUGAUGUUUUUAACUAUUAGUUUUUAACUAUUAAAGAUGUCAAAAAGAGGACAGAGUAUCACCCAAAUAUUAUAAUAUGGAUCAUGACAUUUACUUUUUUCCCGGGGAAAAUAGUGGUCAUUAUAGGGUAUCUUACUGAACUUACCUUAAAAAUACCCAAAACAACAACUUUUAGAAAGCAAACAAUUAUUUGGUAUUGGUAGAAAAUCAAGUCUUAGGUUAAAAUAUAAAGUACCAUCUACAGAAGUAUUUAAAUCCCUUUUCCCAUAAGUAAGAUGGCAGAAGAAUGAAAAUUAGCAACUUCUAGCAUACACAAUAUAUAAUCAGAUUGUUAGUAUACAAAAUAUAUAAUUUUUAGUAUACAGAACAUAUAAUCACACAAAAUGGGGAGGCAUAAAAGUUUCUACUAUUCCUAACUACUUAUGGGCUUUUAUCAGUUUAAAAACUACUAGAGUAAGAAAUAUAUGCUGAAUGCAAAAUUUUUGCUCCAUUAUUAGCAUAACUAUCUUACAGUGUGCUUUUGCAAGAAAUUUAAGAAAUGUAAGUUACUGUUUUUGGAAUUUGAAGUGUACAUAUUAGAGGCAGAAUUUAUGAGUUGAGCAAUUCUGUUAGAUUCUGCAAAUAAAAUAUUUCCAGGGCUAGAAUAAUUGAAAAACUAAUUUUUAGCCUGUGUCCAGCUACAGAAGACACUUUUAUUUGUAUAUGAAAGGUAUUUCCAGGUAUUUUGGAAGCUACAAAAUUGGUAAUUAACAUUUUAAAUUCUUCAAAAAGAUGGAAAGAAUUCCUGCAGCAAUGCUUCCUUUACUUGAGAGCUGCAAUCAUCAUAUCAACAAAGCUACUCCUACUCUGCGGAUUCUUCUGCACACAGCCUAAAGAAAAUGAGCAUAGCUUUUAGAUAAGUUAUCACCUAUCCUGAAGAUAUCAUGUAUUGAGUGGAAAUGGAUGUAAAUAAAGUUCAUUUAUCUCAUUUA